CAACCUGAGAACACUGCUAAGUGAAAGAAGGCAGUCACAAAAGACUAUAUUAUAUAUGAUUCUAUCUAUAAUAUCCCACAAUAGACAAAUCUAGGCAAAAUGGAUUAGUGGUUGCCGGGGGCUGUGGGAAGAGGGAAUGGAGAAAAUCGUGAAUGGGCAUGGUGUUUCUUUUUGAGGUGACACAAUGUUCUGGAGUUAGAUAGUGGUUAUAGUUGUACAACUUUGUGAACAGACUAAGAACCACUGAAUUGUAUGCUUUUAAAGAGUGAAUAUUAUGGUCUGUUAACAGGUCUCAAUAACGCUGUUAGUUUUUGAAAAGGGAGGCACCCAGGGUGUGAAAUUUAAGGAGGCACUCACUGUCAGGGUCACAUUAAGUACAGGGGUUAACCCCUAAGAGUGUGUGCCUCUUUACAUUUAGUUACCUGGCUUGCCUCUCUCCCUAAUUCAGACCCUCAGGAGAAUGCACUAAUUCAGGUUUGAAUUUGAAAUAGGAAGAGAAAUCUGCUUCAGGAAGUCAUUUAAUCUGUUCUCUUCCUCUGGACAUCAUCACAUCAACAAGAAAGGCUUCUAGUUGCUGGGGUCUCUGGUCACUGGCCACGAGGGAUGGGAAGAAUGUGGGUAUCUGAUAACCUUUCGAACAACCGAAUCAACCAUCCGCAAGCCCGCCCUGCGUCAGCACCCCCAUGUGCUGAGGCAGUCCGGCUCAGUCUGUCUGUUCCCAUCACUUUGGAGAUAAAUGGUAGCGACUGCAUACACAGCAGCACCAGAGCCCAAACACCAGCAGGGGAAAAGGGCUCAGGUCCUAGAAGAGCCUGUAUCAUGGAUGCCCUUUCUGAAGCAAAUGGCACCUUUGCCUUUCACCUUUUAAAGAUGCUGUGUCAGGACAGCCCUUCACGCAACGUGUUUUAUUCUCCUGUGAGCAUCUCUUCUGCCCUGGCCAUGGUCUUCCUGGGGGCAAAAGGAAACACUGCUGCCCAGAUGGCCCAGGUGCUUUCUUUAAACACAGAGAAAGAUAUUCAUCAGAGUUUCCAGUUACUUCUUACUGAAGUGAACAAACCUGGCACCCAGUACUUGCUCAGAACAGCCAACAGGCUCUUUGGAGAAAAGACGUGUGAAUUCCUCUCAUCCUUUAAGGAAUCCUGUCUUCAGUUCUACCAUGCUGAACUUGAGCAGCUUUCCUUUGCCAAAGCUGCAGAGCAGUCCAGGAAACACAUCAACACUUGGGUCUCAAAAAAGACUGAAGGUAAAAUUCAAGACCUGUUGCCGGAUAGCUCGAUUGAUGCACAGACCAGGCUGGUUCUUGUCAAUGCCAUCUACUUCAAAGGAAGGUGGAAUGAACAGUUCAACAAAAUGUACACAAGUGAAAUGCCUUUUAAAAUAAACCAGAAGGAGCAGAGGCCAGUGCAGAUGAUGUUUCAGGAAGCUACAUUUAAGCUUGCCUAUAUUGAAGAGGUGCAGGCCCAGGUCCUGGAGGUGCCCUAUGUGGGUGAGGAGCUGAGCAUGCUCAUUCUGCUCCCGGAUGACAACGUGGAUCUAAGUUCGGUGGAAAAACAUCUCACUUACGAGAAAUUUAGAGCCUGGACCAAGCCAGAUUGUAUGAAGAGUACCGAAGUGGAAGUUUUCCUUCCAAGAUUUAAACUGGAAGAGGAUUAUGACAUGGAAUCUGUGCUUCAGCGUUUGGGAAUGGUUGAUGCCUUCCAGGGGGACAAGGCUGACUUUUCAGCAAUGUCAGCUGAGAGAGAUCUGUGUCUGUCCAAGUUUGUGCACAAGAGUGUCGUGGAGGUGAAUGAGGAAGGCACAGAGGCCGCGGCUGCCUCGGCCGUCGUGGUUGUGGAGUGUUGCAUGGUAUCUGGACCAAGGUUCUGUGCUGACCAUCCCUUCCUUUUCUUCAUUAGGCACAAUGCAGCCAACAGCAUUCUGUUCUGCGGCAGGUUUUCUGCUCCCUAAGGGUGAGCAUUUCCUGUGUCCUCCUGUCUUGCACCACAGCCCUGUGAACAUGGGUCUUUAAAGCCAAGUGCCUAGGUGAUGAGGGCAGAUUCCUCAUCCAUCUGAAUCUCAUGCUUGUCCACAUUCAGCUCUCUCCAUACUGACCACUCAUUUGCCCUACUUAGUCGAGAUCAUGGGACAAUAGAACUUAAUGAUUCCCUGUUGUAUUUAAAAUGCAGUCCAAAUCCCAUAGGAUGGCAUACAAAAUUUUCCUAGAUGACUCCAGACUUCUUCCCCACUCAUUCCACAUGUAACUCAUUUUAGUUACACCAUGUUCUGCCUUGUACCUCAAAACUUGUUGCAUACUUGUCUUAGCCUAUUUCAGUAGUAGUACGUGCUUCUAGCUAAGGCAACUGUUUUAUAGUUUUCCUGGUACAUGUGCUUCUUAGAGUUUGUUUAAUGCACAUUUUUAUUUUAUCUUUGACAUUCAUGCAUCACCAAGUAUGUGGAAAACAGGGCAUCAGGCAUUGGAGACAAAGGGGCAGAGUCAUGGUCUUUUGACAUCUGGUCUUUAAUACUCAUGCUGGAAUGAUGUAGCUUUUAUGACAGCCAGAUUGGACUAGGCAAUGUCCUUAAACGUAUCAUGUGAUCCUCUUGUAGGGAUCAGACAUUCUUCCUGUUAAUUAUAUUUCUCCACCUCCAACUCUAACAGUAAAAAUUUCAUUCAACUCUUAAAGCUCA